GUUAGCCAAAAAGAUGCCUUCCAAGUUGUGCCUAGCUUUGUGCCUUAUGGCCCUGAUCGUGGGUGUGCCCGCCGUUGAUCCAACAACUGAUCCAGCUUCUCCAUCAACGCCAAGUGAUCCAGCAUCUCCGGCUUCUCCAACGUCGCCAUCCGAUCCGGCUUCUCCAACUUCGCCAACCACACCAACUUCUCCAACUACUCCUACAUCUCCAACUACUCCAACUUCUCCAACUACUCCUACAUCUCCAACUACUCCAACUGAACCGUCUUCUCCAACUCCGGCUUCACCAACACCAGCAACUCCCAGCACUCCAUCCCCUGAACAACAAAGAAUCGCGAACCUCCGGCGCCGCUUGAGGCGCGCCCGCAGGCAGGAACGCCAGCUGCGCAGGAGGCUGAACAACCAAAAUCGUUUCGGGAACAGGAACCGUGGAGGUCGCAGGGUCGUUGUCCGCCGAUUCAACAAUAACUAAU